CUACACCCGACUUUCGCUGCGCUCCUCAAUCCUCGUUGAGACGACAGAUAGCCUCGAGUCCGACAGCCAGGCUCGUAAUGGCCAGCCCAGCUUCGUCGUCGGCGCUCUACUCACAUCUCGCGCUCAGCCUCUCUACCCUCGUCAUCGGAUACUAUCUCGGCGUAGGCAGGUCCUUGUUCUCGACGAAAGCGAAGUACGAAGACGAAGCAGACGACGACAGUGACUUGGAGAGUGAGGACGGGAGCGUGGACUUGACAGACGAGCAGAAGGCGAACGGCGACGCAAAGAUGAAUGUACUCAAGGCUGGACUGCUCGAGGAGUGCAAGCUUGUCCUGCUCGUGAGGCAGGACCUCAAGAUGGACAAGGGCAAGAUCGCGGCGCAGUGCAGCCACGCCACUCUCGCAUGCUACAAAUCAAUGCUCAAAUCAAAUCCCAAGCUCCUCAAGCACUGGGAAACAAUAGGACAAGCAAAAGUUGCCCUCAAGUGUCCAAGCGAAGAGGAGAUGAACCGUCUUGAGGCGCAAGCAAGAAGUCUGGGGCUAUGCGCCAAGUCGAUUCGUGAUGCGGGGAGGACACAGGUAGCCGCAGGGUCAAAGACGGUACUCGGCAUUGGACCGGGACCGGUCAAGAUUGUGAACGAGGUGACGGGCCACCUCAAGCUCUUGUAGUCAACGCUGCGCAGAGUGGAUAAUGAGGAUGUAUUUGUUUCGCUUCGAUGAGGCUCAUGACUCUGAUGUGAUGAUGAUGAUGAUGAUGAUGAUGAUGAUGAUGUGAUGAUGAUGAUGAUGAUGAUGAUGAUGAUG